GUGCCAGAUGAAGAUCAAUCAUCUGAUGAUGAUAAAUAUGUUGUUACAGGAAAAGAGUUUAAAAAGCUUACCAAAAAAGCUAAGAAACUUGAAGCUGAAUCACUUGAUUAUUCAAAGCGAAAAAAUAAUAAGUAUGUAGCAACUCUUCCUAAUGGAAAGAAAGUGCAUUUUGGAUCACCACAAUAUCCAGACUUUUUAAUACAUAAAGACGAAGAGCGAAACUAUAGAUAUCUAGCACGAGCAAAGAAGGUUAAAAACAAGCAGGGAGAAUUCACUUGGGAAAAACGAGAGUCAGCAAAUUAUUGGUCAGUUAAACUUUUAUGGGAUGGAAAAUAAAAAUUGAAAAAAAAUGGGCUUAAGAUUUAAAGAUUUUAAUAAAAAUGUCACGGCAACGAGUUUUUAUUAACGGCAAAAAAUUUUAUCAACACCCAAUUUUUUGUAAUUACGCGGCACCCAAAGAUGGAGAAGUUGUUAAUACAAAAGGUGGAAAAAUUUUAAAGAUGAUUAAAAGUAAUGGAUAUUGUAGGUUUGAUCUUGUAAGGCCAAAAAAAUACUUUCAGCACGGAUUUAUUUGGGAAGUUAUUAAAGGUGUAAUUCCAGAAGGAUUUGAGAUUGAUGAUAUUAACAAUUGUAAAACUGAUAACAGAAUAGAAAAAUCUACAAUUAUUAACACAUCAGAAAAAUGUUGAAAAAAGAAAAAAUAAACCAAUUAUUUUGAUUAAAAUUGAGACUAGUGAGGAAACAAUAUUUGUAAGUAUUAAAUCAGCAUCGAUUGAGUUAAAUAUAGGCUCUACAAUUAUUUCACAAAUUUGUAACCCUAGAAACUAUCAUAAAACAGCGAUUAGCAGAAAAGAUGGUCAAAAGUAUUAAUUUGUAUUUUUAAAAUAAAAUUGAAUUAUUGGUUUAAAGAUAUCUAAACAAUUAUAAAAAUGUGCAACUCACAAGAUACGACAAUCUAACCAAAAACAAAAUUAUCUUCAACGAUGCUAAGGAGUACAAAGUAAAAGAUUCGAAACUUAAAUACAAACGCAUCAAAAUUGAAACAGUUUACCCAAAUGGCAAGAAAGGUGAUUUAGUAAUUGAGACGCCAUUUCUUUUCAGUUUUGGCAUAAACGAGAAAAAGAACCAAGAAACAAAUAAAUGAAUUGGUUAUAGUUUACCAGUUUGCUUAUAGAGUAAAGAUUGUAGUCGAAGUUCUCCAUAGAAACAGUUUUAUGAAUUUAUAUGCAAAAUCGCAGAGGUUUGUAAAGAACAUCUUUCAGAGGAAUACGGUGCAGAUGAAGCAUCAUAUAUGUCUGAGCCAUUAUAUUACAAAAAGAUUGAGUAUUUUGACAAAAAGGGUAAAAAGAAAACUAAUUUAGACCAGUCAGCCGCGCCAGUACUCUACGCAAAACUCAUUUGCUCUGACAAAACCAAAAAAAUUCUUUCUCUGUUUAGAGCAAAAGGUAAAGAUAGUGUUAAUCCCUUUAAUUAUCUUAAUCAGUAUUGCUAUGUCAAAAUGGCUUUAGUGAUUGAAGGAAUAUUUAUUAGUAAAACUGUUACAUCUUUACAGAUGAAAGUACAUGAGUUCUAUGUUAAACCAUUGAAACCUCGCGAAUCUUUACUUACAAUUAAAGAGAGUGAUGAGGAGCAAAGCGAGAGUGAAGAGGAUAAUGAAAGUGAUACUGAGAAAGGGAGCCGAAGCAAGCGAGAAUGGUGA